UUCAAUUAUUUUAGUUCUCACGAAAUGAAAAUGUAAGGCAAUGUUAAACAACGGAAAUCGACUUUCGAUGUCGUCGUCGGCGGUGAGGUCAUGGAGAACGGCGUUCCUGACCUUGAGGGACGAAAACUCGGCGUCGCCUCCUCGCGCCACCGUCAUCCGCCUCUUUGACAAUCUAAUUUUAUCCCAAUCCGAAUCUUUCGUCGCUGCUGCGCCGCAGUUGCCUCGGCACGAGCUUACAUCCGACUUGAUGCUAUUACUGGAGUUGGCUCGCGACCUCUCUUAUUAUCAACAAGGAAUUGAAGACGUUACUCAGACAUUCGUUAAAUUAUCUGGAUUGAUCCAUGGAAUCAGUCAUUCCUCUUUUCUGGAAAUGAACUCAACAAUGUGGGGCAUUGUGCUUGACUCUUUCAAGAGGAUAGUGCAGAUUUUCCUUGGCAGUGUUGAAACAGAGAGGGCAAUUAUUAGAAAUGUUUCUGUAAUUAAACCCACCAAGCAAUGCUUAGAAAGUCUAAGGUUACUUUUCAGUUUAUGUCUGACAGCUGCUUCACUCUCUGAAAAUGGGCAACUGCUGAAUUUUGUUCUUGAAGUGGUUGAGUAUUUUCAUGGGGACUUAAAGCAUUCUACUUAUUUAAGUGACAAUUGUUCAAUAUCUAGAGGUGUGCGUGAAGUUCUAACAAUUGCAUUUGCCAUGAUUGGUGAAGUAUACUCCAGAGUAGGUGCUUCUUUGCCUGUUGAAAUCUGGAAGUCAACGGUUGUGGCCCUGAGAAAAGUUAUGGACAUCAUGGCUUCUAAAGGUCUUUUGUUGGAGGAUAAUACCGUUGCCACGUUUUAUGUUGAGCUUCUCCAUUGUCUGCACUUAGUUCUUGCAGAGCCUAGAGGAUAUCUAACAGAACAUGUGGCUGGCUUUGUGGCAUCUUUGAGAAUCUUCUUCCGCUAUGGCCUUGUAAACAAGCCAUUGGUUAUGAAUCAACCAACUAAUCACAUGAAGGGAGUAGGUUCGACAAGCCAAAACAUGCCUUUUGAAGUAUCAAAUCAAUCAAAAAGCAGCCCUUAUAGGCCUCCACACUUGCGAAAAAAGGUUGCAGGCAAUCAACAACGUAAAGAUGAGGAGUGCCUGGUUUCUUCUAAACAUGAAUUUAUUUCAUCGGAUUCAGAUUGCAGUGAUAAUGAUGGAUCAGUAAUGGAUAACAGCAAAGCAUAUUUAACUGAGGCGAGAUUAGCAGCAAUUAUUUGUAUUCAGGAUCUCUGUCGAGCUGAUCCCAAAUUGUUUACAGCCCAAUGGACAAUGCUUUUGCCAUCCAAUGAUGUGCUGCAACACAGGAAAUAUGACACUACUCUGAUGAGUUGCUUUCUUUCCGACCCUUCGUUGAAGGUUUCAUUAUAUCGGCUGCAGUUUCUAUCAAAUGAACCAAUUCUAUGCUCUUUUUAUAUUUAUGUCCGGAUUGCAGCUGCUUCUACUAUUAUGGCAAUGUUGGAUGGCCCUGCUUCUAUUUCCUUACAGGUAGCAGAGCUUAAAGAGCACUCAAAACAUGGGUCAUUUACCACACUUUCUAGUUCUCUUGGGCAUAUCUUGAUGCAACUUCAUUCAGGUACUUUGUCUUUAAUCAACCAUGAAACCAGUGGUAGAUUGCUGGCAUUGUCGUUUAAAAUCCUAAUGCUUUUGAUAGCAUCUACACCAUAUUCAAGAAUGCCACCUGAGCUGCUCUGUAGGGUUAUCUCUUCACUCCAAUCAACAAUUGAAGAGGGGUUUCCAUAUCAUAAUGAUCGGAAUAGCUUGCUGGCUGCAGCAAUUAUUUGCUUAACCAGAGCUCUUUCUGUGUCUGCCUCAUCUUGUGUCAACAAUAUGCUGCUGGGAGAAGUUUCAACAGGUUGUCAUCUUGAAGGUCAGAAGUCUGGAGUACUGUAUACCCUGUUUCGAUAUUCUGAACGAUUAUCCAACCUAUCAAUAAGCUUAGAGGCACUUCAGGCUCUUAAAUCUUUGUCUCAUAAUUAUCCAAAUGUAAUGACCUUAUGCUGGGAACAUAUUUCCUCUAUCAUUUAUGGAGUAUUGAGCUCAUUCCCUGAUGAGUCUUCAAGACUAUGGAGAGGUAAUGUUGAGCAGACUGCUGCACUGUUGAAGGAGAGAGUCAUGACUGCUGCUGUCAAGGUUUUGGAUGAAUGUCUUCGGGCUAUUUCUGGCUUUAAAGGAACUGAAGAUCUUUCAACUGAUAAAUCUCUUGACAGUCCAUUUACGUCUGACUAUGAGAAAACAAAGGCAAUCUCAUCAGCUCCAUCAUACAGUUUAGAGACCCAUGUUUCAACUAUUGAUGGUUCUAAAACAUGUAUCUUGGCAAGUGAGAGAUGGUUGGAAGCAACAAUCAAGCAUAUGCCUUUUAUUAUUAAUCAUUCUUCUGCGAUGGUAAGAGCUGCAUCAGUGACCUGUUUUGCUGGAAUGACUUCUCCCGUUUUCUUUUCCCUUCCCGAGGAUAAACAGGAAUACAUAAUUGAAUCUUCAAUUAAUGCUGCUCUAAAUGAUGGGGUUCCUUUAGUUAGGUCAGCUGCUUGCCGAGCCAUUGGUGUCAUUGGAUGUUUCCCACAAAUAUAUCAUAGCGCAGAGGUCCUGGAAAAGUUUAUCCAGGCUGCUGAGCGCAACACUUGUGAUUCACUGGUUUCUGUGCGUAUUACAGCUUCAUGGGCAUUAGCAAACAUAUGUGAUUCUCUUAGUCAUUGCUUGGAUGCACUUCAUGCUGGAAGAGGUUCAAUUGGAUCUAGAAAAUGUUAUGAAUUCACAUCACUGCUAGUAGACAGUGCGUUGCGUCUGGCAAGGGACAAUGACAAGGUCAAAGCAAAUGCCGUUAGGGGUCUAGGAAAUCUUGCAAGAUCUAUCAAAUUUACAAAACAAUUACCUGUUAAUGGUGAUCCACUGGAUUUUAUGCAUUCUAAAAUUGAAUCCCACGGCGUACAAGGAUUCAAGGAUCAUAUGAAAGAAAGGUCACAAUCAGUUCAAAGUUCUUCGGGGAGUUCUGUUUGGCUUGAUCAGAUGGUGAAAGCAUUUCUUUCUUGUGUCACGACUGGAAACGUUAAGGUUCAAUGGAAUGUAUGUCAUGCGUUGAGCAAUUUAUUUUUGAACAAGUCUUUGAAGCUGCAAGACAUGGAUUGGACCUCAUCUAUAUUUAGUAUCCUUUUGUUGCUACUUCGGGAUUCUUCAAAUUUUAAGAUAAGGAUACAAGCUGCUGCCGCCUUGGCUGUACCAGAAAAUAUAAAUGAUUAUGGAAAAUCAUAUUAUGAUGUCGUUAAAAGUGUGGAGCAUGUUGUUGAGAACUUUAAAUCAGAUCAGAUUUCUGAACCUUCUAACUUCAAAUACCGGAUUGCUCUGGAAAAGCAGUUGACUUCAACAAUGCUGCAUCUACUAGUUCUUGCAUCAAGAUGCGACCAAGGAGUUAUACAAGAUUUACUUGUGAAAAAAGCAUCAUUCCUUGAGGUUUGGUUUGAAGAACUGUGCUCAUCUGUUGGGGAUACAAGUAAUUCACGUGAUGAGGCAAAACAUGCGUCUAUUGACCAGAAAAAGGAUGUUAUAUUCAGAACAAUUCAGUCACUGAUUGAGGUGUAUGAAAUCAGUAAUCAUCAUCUCAUUGCUCAAAAAUUUGAAAAAUUGGCCAGUAGCUUGCUCUAAAUGAGUGUAGUAAGAAGACAACAAGGAAUAGAGAGGUGUUUAUAUAUAGCUUGCUCUAAAUGAGUGUUGUAGUAAGAAGACAGCAAGGAACAGAGAGGUGUUUAUAUAUAGCUUGCUCUAAAUGAGUGUUGUAGUAAGAAGAGGUAGGUAACAAAUGAACACUACAUGUUAAAACCAGCAAUAUGUUCAUAGGUUCUUUAGCUAUGAAUAUUGUUUAUAUCUCA